CUGGGAGGCCAGCAGGGAGACGUGGACGCGCCGCAGUGAUGGCUGCCCCGAAGGCCUCCGUGGCUAGCGGUGCGUCGUCGGGCGCCAGUGGCACCAACUUGCUCUUCUCUUCCUCGGCUACGGAGUUUAAUUUCACUGUCCCCUUCAUCCCAGUGAGCCAAGCCCCUGCGCCGCCGCCGCCUCCUCCUCCCUCUGCCGCCUCGGGGCCUGGUCUCCUGCCCGCCGAUGAUGCUACUGAUGUUGGUGAAGAAGACAGCUUCCUUGGCCAGACUUCUGCAACUCCUAAUCCCCCAUCAACUUUCAGUUAUUUCUCACAAGUUCCUAGCAGCAGUGAUCCCUUUGGAAGCAUUGGGCAGCCACCCUUAGGAGUAACAACCUCACCACAAAAUGUAACAUCUGUUUUCUCCAAGCCCCCUGUUUCUCUCCCUCUUCAACCCGGAACACAGGAUGGGCCAAAUGCUUUUCCAGCACCUAUUUCGAAAUCUCAGUCUUUUAACACACCACCUACUUCAUUACCAGGCAUUGGGUCCUAUCAGACCCCCCAACAGACUGGCCCCCCUCCAACCAGCUUCACAACUCCGCCUCAUGGCACACUGCAGCAAGGCUACAACCCAUAUCGCCACACCACUUUAAGCAGUAGAGCCAAUCCUUAUAUUACUCCUCCACAGCUGCAACAGACUCAGAUUCCAAGCCAGAAUGUUCAGCCUCCAGCCUCUGUACCACCUAUGCAGCUCUAUCCAACACCUCCAGGGGCACUGCCACCGUUUUCAUCACCUCAGUCAGCAUUGUCACCUCAACCAUCUGUGUUAGCAGGUGCUCUGGUGAAGGCACCUCCCACCUUGUUACAUAAUCAGUAUGAGCCAGUUCAGCCUCAUUGGUUUUUCUCCAAGGAGGUGGAAAACAAGGAGGUAUGGAUGCCAUUCAGUGUCCUAGAUUCUACAAAUCUCGAGAAACUCUAUAAUUCUGUACAACCUGAUCCAGAAAAUGUGGUUCUAAGUACCGAUGGAGGACGCUAUGAUGUUCACCUUUAUGAUCGGGUGAGGAAAGCUGUGUAUUGGGAAGAAGAGCCAUCUGAAGUGAGACGAUGUACUUGGUUUUAUAAAGGAGACAAAGAUAGCUGGUUUAUUCCUUACACAGAGGAUUUCAGUGAAAAGCUAGAGGCAGAAUAUAAGAAAGCUGUCACCACUAAUCAGUGGCAUCGCCGACUGGAAUUUCCAGGUGGAGAAACCAUUGUUAUGCAUAAUCCUAAGGUUAUUGUUCAGUUCCAGCCUUCUUCAAUACCAGAUGAAUGGGGUACCACACAAGAUGGUCAGACAAGACCAAGAGUAGUAAAACGUGGGAUUGAUGAUGAUCAUGAUGAAAUUCCAGAUGGUGAAGUGUCUCAAAUUGACCACUUGGUGUUCAUGGUGCAUGGCAUUGGCCCUGUUUGUGACCUACGAUUUAGAAGCAUUGUUGAAUGUGUUGAUGAUUUUCGGACAGUGUCCCUAAAGCUGUUGCAGACACAUUUCAGGAAGUCGUUGGAAGACCAUAAAGUGAGCCGGGUUGAGUUCUUGCCAGUUCAUUGGCAUAGUGCUUUGCAUGGGGAUGCAACAGGGGUGGACAGGAAUAUCAAAAAAAUUACUCUACCAACCAUUGGACGUCUUCGUCACUUCACCAAUGAGACUCUACUUGAUAUCCUGUUUUACAAUAGUCCGAUCUACUGUCAAACAAUGGUGGAUAAAGUAGGAUUGGAAAUGAACCGUCUGUAUGCACUUUUCAUGAGCAGAAAUCCUGACUUUAAAGGCGGAGUCUCCGUUGCUGGUCACAGUCUGGGUGCCUUAAUUUUAUUUGACAUACUGUCCAACCAGAAAGAUUGGACUUCCACGGUUAAUUCUGUGACUCCUGCUGUUGCUGCCAAUGGUGUUGUGAAGGACACUGCUGAAUGUGACCAGCAGAUGACAGUGGAUUCUAAUUCUGCUGGUUCACUGCAUACUCUUUCCAAUGAUGAACAUUCAGAUCAUGAUGUAGAGGAGUAUAUUCCAACUUUACAAGAAACUUUGGGGACCUUAAGCUUGUCUGAGUAUAUCAGCACAUUUGAAAAGGAGAAGAUUGACAUGGAAUCUCUGCUAAUGUGUACAAUUGAUGACCUGAAGGAAAUGGGAAUACCUCUUGGGCCACGAAAGAAAAUUGCAAAUUUUGUAAAAGACAGAGCAGCAAAACAGGAACAGAAAAAAGCAGCAUUAGAAAAAAAGGCAGCAAUGGCUACCUUGUUGCAGAAUCAGGGAGAAGUUGGUCAGACAGGACAGAAGGUUACUUUAGCUGUGUCUUCAGAACCUGGCAAGCUGCAGGAUCCAGCCAAACGAAAACUUCCAGUUGGAGCUUCAGUUUCAUCUGCACACAUUGACUAUGAGUAUUUUGAAGUGGGUACUGGUCAGGUAUCUGUGGUUUACAGCGCACUAGACUUUGAGCCAGAGAUUUUCUUUGCUCUAGGUUCUCCAAUUGGUGUAUUUCUAACUGUAAGAGGAGUGGGGAAAAUCGAUGAAAACUACAAGCUUCCGACUUGCAAGGGUUUUUUCAACAUUUAUCAUCCGCUUGAUCCAGUUGCCUACAGAUUAGAACCUAUGAUUAUUCCUGAUAGUGACUUAAAGCCAGUUCUUAUUCCACAUCACAAAGGCAGAAAAAGACUUCACCUUGAACUGAAAGAUUCUUUGUCUCGCAUGGGAUCAGAUCUGAAACAAGGUUUCAUCAGCUCUUUGAAAAGUGCUUGGCAAACCCUGAAUGAAUUUGCACGUGCUCAUACAUCCUCUCCUCAGCUCCAAGCAGAGUUAGAGAAGGUGGCUAAUCAAAUUAAAGAAGAAGAAGAAAAGGAAGCAGUGGAAGAAAAGAUCACUGAAAGCCCAGAUCUUUCAAAAGAUGAAGAUUUGUCCAUAAAAGUUGGCCUGCUAAAUGGAGGCCGUCGUAUUGAUUAUGUUUUACAAGAAAAACCCAUUGAAAGUUUCAAUGAAUACUUGUUUGCUCUACAGAGUCACUUGUGCUACUGGGAAUCGGAAGACACUGCGUUGCUUCUCCUGAAAGAAAUAUAUAGGACUGUAAAUAUCUCUCCUGAACAGCCACAACAUUGAUGUAUAGAUACUUGUAAUUUGGAAUACUUGUCAUUUGGAAUAUCAUUUCAAACCUUCCUUCUGGCUUGCCAGCAGAAUUUCAAGGUGGCAGCACCCAUUCUCUAGUCACAGAUGAACAAAGAGGAUUCACUCACAGCCCCUGGAUUCUCUACUGCCAGUUUUGUGUCAUUUUUUAAAAAUAAGUUGGGAUGCAGAUGUGAGAAAGCAACAUCUGCUCUAUGGUGGGGUAUUCAUGCUUUCCCCUCCCAAAACAAAUCAUUUUGCCAAAAUGUAAAUGACCCUUCAAGAAACACGUGGCAUGCAGAUUCGUUUUCUAUCUGUCUUGGUCACUUGAUUAAUCAGACUUGUGUUUUCUAUCAGGCUGUAUGGUUUAUUUUUAAAACAAACUGUUGGUGAACAGCAAUAACCUUUUUAUUUAAUAAAAUAUACUAUUUUCUCCAUGUCUUUAAAAGUGGCUUUCAGGCUCCUUUGAUGUGAACUUACACAAAACCAUUGGUGAAAUGAGCCAUUUCGUAUGCUGGUAGGCUCUCUAUUAAGAUUUUAUAAAAGACCUCUGAGACAGUUUUCUUUGAUGUGUGUGACAUGAUCUUUUACUUUUCACAGUACAGAGAGCUGACCAGACUGGACUAGCACUCUUGCAUCUUGCUCUGUGUUUUCUUUACACAGGGAAUAGAAAAGGAUGAGCCAAACACAGUAAUUCUUGUUUGACAAUGAUGGUGGCUAAGAUGUAUUGCUCUUAAUACAAUUUGAAGUGUGGACUUGGAGAAAUCAAAUACACUUAACAGCCCUGCAACAGAGAAGGGAGUCUUCUGAAGAGCAAAUAUGAAGGAGCUGUGGCCUGGCCAAGAACAUUUCCUACUUUCUCCUAGUGAAAUAUGUCAGACAGAGACGUCUCUACAUGCUGGACUUCUAUGACUUCUUUGCUGUUGCUUUUGAUUUUCUUUAGCAUAUUGUCUAACUUCACUAAUGAGGAUAUUACAACAACUUAUUUUUGCUACUGUUUUGCAUAGUGGAUUCUUAAGUGGAUACUUAAAAGUAUAUGAUCCUUUUUGCGUUCUCACAGUGAUUUGCAUAAAGAUGGUUGUGGCAAUGUUGGUCGCAGAGAAGAGUUUGCAAAAUAAAUGACGUGAUGCUGUAAAUCUCGACAGAUACAACAGUGUGGCUAAUAUUAAAAGAUACUGUGAUGCCAAUGGGCCUUCUCCAGCAAGCUUUAUGUUUCUUUCAGCAGCAACACCCACUCUGUCUCGGAGAGCAACAAAAUGUUCUCAGUACAGCCUUUUUCAUUCUGAAUAUUUGGCACUCUGUUCAGCACAAUGAAAUUUCCCUUCAGUCAUUUGUUACACCGGAACAAAGUCUGUCAGAGGAAUGCAGGAUGAAGGAGCUUCCUGUCAGGUAGCUUAGCAAGUGGGAAAGCCCUUUAAUAAAUCCUGGAUUAAAGUUGUCUUCGAAGAGCCAAUAUAAUUGGUAUUCAGAUUGCAUUCUCAGUUGUAUUGGAUAACAUACCAAAGAAUGAAAAAUGUCCAGAGGUUUUCCAAGUAUUAAUAACAGUGUCCAAUGUGAGGAGUGUGCUGAAGUGAAUGCAUAAAG